UACCAUAUGACCCAGCAAUUCCACUACCAGGCACGUACCCAGGAGAACUGAAAACGUGCCCACACAAAAACUUGUACAUUAAUGUUCAGAGCAGCACUGUUCACAACAGUCAAGAAGGAGACACAACCCAAAGAUUUCAUCCUGAUGGCUGACUCUAAACCACUCUGCUCCCCUGAUGGGGACCCUGUGGCUGCAGAAGCCUUGCUCCGGGAUGUGUUUGGGAUUGUUGUGGAUGAGGUCAUUCGGAAAGGGACCAGCGCUUCAGAGAAGGUCUGCGAGUGGAAGGAGCCGGAGGAGCUGAAACGGCUUCUGGAUCUGGAGUUGCGCAGCCAGGGCGAGGCGUCGGGGCAGAUCCUGGAGCGGUGCCGGGCGGUGAUCCGCUAUAGCGUGAAGACCUGUCACCCGCGCUUCUUCAACCAGCUCUUCUCAGGGUUGGAUCCCCAUGCUCUGGCCGGGCGCAUUGUUACUGAGAGCCUCAACACCAGCCAGUAUACUUAUGAAAUCGCCCCCGUGUUCGUACUCAUGGAAGAAGAGGUGCUGAAGAAACUCCGUGCCCUGGUGGGCUGGAGCUCUGGGGAUGGGGUCUUCUGCCCUGGUGGCUCCAUCUCCAACAUGUAUGCUGUGAACCUGGCCCGCUAUCAGCGCUACCCGGAUUGCAAGCAGAGGGGCCUCCGGGGACUGCCGCCCCUGGCGCUCUUCACAUCAAAGGAGUGUCAUUACUCCGUUAAGAAGGGAGCUGCUUUUCUGGGACUUGGCACCGACAGUGUCCGAAUAGUCAAGACAGAUGAGAGAGGGAAAAUGAUUCCUGAGGAUCUGGAGAGGCAGAUCAGUCUGGCUGAGGCUGAGGGUGCUGUGCCAUUCCUGGUUAGUGCCACCUCUGGCACUACCGUGCUGGGGGCCUUUGACCCCCUGGAGGCAAUUGCUGAUGUGUGCCAGCGUCACGGGCUGUGGCUCCAUGUGGAUGCUGCCUGGGGUGGGAGCGUCCUGUUGUCACAGACACAUAGACAUCUCCUGGAUGGGAUACAGAGGGCUGACUCCGUGGCCUGGAACCCCCACAAACUCCUCACGGCAGGCCUGCAGUGCUCAGCUCUUCUUCUCCGGGACACCUCGAACCUGCUCAGGAGCUGCCACGGCGCCCAGGCCAGCUACCUCUUCCAGCAGGACAAGUUCUACGACGUGGCUCUGGACACUGGAGACAAGGUGGUGCAGUGCGGCCGCCGUGUGGACUGUCUGAAGCUGUGGCUCAUGUGGAAGGCGCAAGGGGGGCAAGGGCUGGAGCGGCGUGUGGACCGGGCCUUUGCCCUUGCCCGGUACCUGGUGGAGGAACUGAAGAAGCGAGAAGGGUUUGAGUUGAUCAUAGAGCCUGAAUUUGUCAAUGUGUGUUUCUGGUUCGUGCCCCCCAGCCUUCGAGGGAAGCAGGAGACCCCAGAUUACAGUGAAAGGCUGGCUAAGGUGGCCCCGAUACUCAAGGAGCGCAUGGUGAAAGAGGGCUCCAUGAUGAUAGGCUACCAGCCCCAUGGGACCCGGGGCAACUUUUUCCGUAUGGUCGUGGCCAACCCUGCACUGACCCGAGCUGACAUGGACUUCCUUCUCAAUGAGCUGGAACGGCUAGGCCAGGACCUCUGAGCCGCCUCCUCGCUGCUGGCCUUGAGACACCUCACUUCACCCUCAUUGUCUCUGUGUAUUCCCUUCCUGUGUUGUCAAGAGUAGAGUGAUCUUAACAAUUUUUUAUGUGUUGACCCACUAACUCUCCUGUUAAAUACUUGCUAUUGGGGCGCCUGGGUGUCUCCAUAGGUUAAGCACCUGACUCUUGAUUUUGGCUCAG